UCCAGCCAUUGCACACUCGGCCUCGCACACCCUGGCACACUCGGCCUUCCUAACCCACCUGGAGCAUUCACCAUUGCACACGCCCUGGCACACUCAGGUUUGGCCAGCUCUCCCGGGGCUGUAUUACCAUCCUUUCCCUAGCUCCGAGCAGCAGCCCUACCCUGUCACCUCAGGUCUGCCAUGUCCCUGGGGCCGCUGAAGUUCCAGGCAGUGGGUGAAGAGGAGGAGGAAGAGGACGAGGGCCUGGAUUCUGUGAAGGCACUGACGGCCAAGCUGCAGCUGCAGACCCGGCGGCCCUCAUACCUGGAGUGGGCAGCCCAGGUCCAGAGCCAGGCCUGGCGCAGAGCCCAAGCCAGACCUGAGCCCUGGGGGCCUGGGGCCAUCUGCGGCUUCAACUCAGUGGACUCUGCCCUCGAGUGGCUCCGCAGGGAGCUGCGGGAGAUGCAGGCUCAGGACCAGCAGCUGGCAGGGCAGCUGCUGCGGCUGCGGGCCCAGCUGAACCGGCUGAAGGUGGACCAGGCCUGUCACCUGCACCAGGAGCUGCUGGACCAGGCUGAGCUGGAGCUGGAGCUGGAGCCUGGGGCCGGCCUCGCCCUGGCCCCCCGACUGCGGCACCUGGGCCUCACCCGCAUGAACAUCAGCACCCGGCGCUUCACCCUCUGCUGAAGGACACUGCUGCCCCCAGGACACCCUCGGCCCUUCCCCAGCCCGCCUAGGAAGAGGGAGGGGAGGGGUGCCCAGAGGCUCCAGCGCCUGGCAAGGGAAGACGCCUAGGUCUCCGAGAGCUGAAUUCGAAGUCCCAGCACCCUGGCGCCCGCUGCCCAGUGGUGAGGGAGGGAUGAGAACCCCCAGCUCCUCAAUACACGCUCUCUGCUUCCUGUCGCGGUCUCUGCUGUCUGUGCCCAGACCCCAGGCAGCGGUCUGUGGUCUGUGGCUGGACCAGGGAGGGAUUCCAUGAGGAGAGAAAGCGUGUGCUGGCAUGGAGACGGG